CCUUCCCCUGUGUCAGGGGCUGGGGACCAUAGAGGCGGCCAGUCCUCCGGCGUGGCUAGAGGGGAGGCGGAAGUGGCUGCGGGGCGGUGUCGGGGGCCUCCUGGCCCGCCCGCCCUGCCGCGCCGGCGCCGCUCUCGGUGGUCGGGCCGCUCCUUGGGGGGCGGAGGGGGAGGGGAAAGGGCAGGGGGCGGCCCGGGGGGUCCGCCGAAAGCCUCACGCACCCAACGCCCACCCCGGCACGGCACCCGGGCGGACCCUCGGGGCGCCUCCAAUGCCGGACUGGGACGGUCCAGAGGCCCCCCUCGCCCCACGUGCCGGCAACCGCCGGAAGCCCCCGAGCAUGGAGGAGAAGGGCCGGGGCGAGCCUGCCUUCCAGCGGGACGACGGGAAAAAGGCCGAGGGUCCCGAGUCCCGGCUGGCGACCUCGGCGGCGUCCGACCCGUGGAGCGGCCGAGAGAAGGGAGACGUCGCCGGCUUCGCCGCGGACGUCUUCCCCGCCCUGGGCGACGGCCCCGCCGCCUCCGAGCCCCCGGCCGGGAGCGCGGGAGGCGAAGAGGCGGACGAGGCGAGGGAAGAGGAGGAACGGGAACAACGGGAGGAGGAUGGGGAGAGAGAGGGAUCGGGCCCGAGCCCCGGCGAGGCCCUGCAGGCCGUCCGACUGCUGCGGAAGUUCUACCAGGCGCUCGAAACGGAACCCAGGAUCCUGGUGCUCCUGAGGUUCCUGGAAGGCGACAUCGAAAACGUGCACCUGGCCCAUCCCCGCAAACAGGUGCCGGUGACGUUCGAGGACGUGGCCGUCUAUUUCUCGCGGGAGGAGUGGGCGGCGCUGGACGGGCGGCAGAAGGAGCUCUACCGGGACGUGAUGCGGGGCAACUACGAGCUGGUGGCCUCCCUGGAUGGGCUCUCCCCCAAGCCCGACCUGGAGACGCAGAUCAAAAGCGAAGAGGAGCCGGGCGUCGGAGACGGCGGGCACCCGGCCCCGAAGGGCGUGCCGACCUCGGCCCUCCCGGACGGCGGGCCGGACGGCGAGCGCGGCAGCGUCCUCCAGAGUCCCGCCGGGCCCGUGGAGCCGCCCGGGGCCCGGCCCCCGCCGAGGGAGCCCGGGGGGCCGACCCGGCCCGUGCCGCCGGAGGACUCGCCGGCGGGCGGCGCGGCCCACGCCGACGAGGCCGGCGACGUCCGGGGGUCGCCCUCGGGCGCCUUCCCGGCGGGGGCCCGGCCGUCCCGGGUCGGCGGCCGGGACGGCCGCGGCCCCGCGGCCCGCCCGGCCGCCGCCCCGGGGCCGCCGGCGAGGGGCCGCGCCUUCGUCUGCGGCCAGUGCGGCAAAGGCUUCAACCACAAGCAGGACCUGGCCCGGCACCAGCGCACCCACACGGGCGAGCGGCCCUACCCCUGCCCCGACUGCGGCCGCCGCUUCGUCCAGAAGACCCACCUGAUGACCCACUUCCGGAUCCACACGGGCGAGCGGCCCUUCCCCUGCCCCGACUGCGAGAAGAGCUUCCGCAAGAAGACGCACCUGGUGCGGCACCGUCACACCCACCUGGGCGUGCGCCCCUUCUCCUGCCCGCACUGCCCCAAGAGCUUCGGCCAGCGGGAGGACCUGGGGCGGCACCUGCGCUGCCACUCGGGGGAGCAGCCGUUCGCCUGCCCCGAGUGCGGGCAGCGCUUCACCUGGAAGAAGAACCUGGUGACCCACCAGCGGCGGCACGGCGGCGAGCGGCCCUUCGCCUGCCCCGAGUGCGGGGAGCGCUUCGACCGGAAGAGGGGCCUGGCCGUCCACCGCAAGACCCACGGGGAGGAGGGGCCGGCCGGCCCCCGCCCGGGGCCCCGCCUCCCGCCGCCCCCCAGGGAGAAGGCCUUCCCCUGUCCCGUGUGCGAGCGGCGCUUCGGCCACAAGCAGGACCUGAUCCGCCACCAGCGGGUCCACACGGGCGAGCGGCCCUUCGCCUGCCCCGAGUGCGGGAAGCGCUUCAGCCAGAAGGCCCACCUGGUCACCCACACCCGGGUGCACACGGGCGAGCGGCCCUACCCCUGCGCCCGCUGCGACCGGCGCUUCAGCAAGAAGACCCACCUGAGCCGCCACCAGCGGGUCCACGCCGAGGAGGGGCCGGGCCCCGGCGGCGCGGGCCCGGCGUGGAGGCCGGGCCCGGCCGGGCCCCCCCAGGACCUCGCCUGCCCCGAGCGCGGGAAGGGGUUCGGCAGGGAGGCGCGCCCGGACGCCCGCCGGCGCGGCCGGGCCGGCGCGCACCCCUGCCCCUGGCCCCGGUGCGGCCAGAGCUUCUGCCGCGAGUCCGCCCUCCUGGCUCACCAGAAGUCCCACCACGGGAGCCGGCCGCACCCCUGCCCCGAGUGCGGGAAGCGCUUCGGCCUCAAGCAGGACCUGGUGCGGCACCAGCGGAUCCACACGGGCGAGCGGCCCUUCCCCUGCGUGCUGUGCGGCAAGCGCUUCAACCAGCGGGCCCACCUGCUGACCCACCAGCGCACCCACACCGGCGAGCGGCCCUUCCCCUGCCCCGACUGCGAGCGCCGCUUCGGCAAGAAGGCCCACCUGGUGCGGCACCAGCGGGUCCACGCGGCCCAGCAGCCCCGCCUGCACCUGCUCGGGAUGGGGACCCUGCCCCUGGGCGACCCCGGCCUGCCGGGCGGGGCCCUCCGGGACGAGACCAUCUACAUCUUCCGCGUGUGAGGGGGCCGGGGGGCCCCCCGGGCCGAGGUCCGGCGGCGGGCGCCCGGUCCCGACCCCCGGAGCCGCGCGGGGAAGCGGCGGGGGGUGGCCCCCGUCCGGUCGGGGGGGGACGGGGGGGACCCGGAGGCGUAGCCGCCCCGCCGAGAGGCACCGGGAGCGGUCCGGAGGCCGGCGAUUCGGCCCCGAUCUAAGCCGGGCCCGGACGCUCCGCGGAGGGGACGUGUCGGCAUCGGGCGAUCGGUCGUAUUCACCUGGCGCCUACCCUGCGCGGAGCACCGUCCCGAGCCCCGGGGAGAGGACGGCCCGUCGGAGCCGGUAGCCACGUUCCUUCCCUGCCCGCGCUGACCCUUCCCCGGGCGGACCCAGAUUCCCCGGCUAGAAACAGGCGGGUCCUCCCCCGUCCCGCUGGAAAGGGGCGGUGUGAGAAGCGGGGGGGGGGGGGGCCUGGGUUCCGAUCCCG